UUUUUUUUUCCUUUCCUUUCCAUUUUAUAUUUAUUAUACAUACAAACAUAUAUAUUUAUAUCUUUUGUUAUUACUCAAGAAUGACAAAUAGGCUUUUAUUAAAAUCAGAUCCAAGAAGAGGGAAAUUAGCAAAGUUCUUUAAUAGGCAUCAGAUUGACUUGCCAAUGAAGUUUGUAAUUCCUGUUAUCCUUGGUCAUUUCCUUCAUGUCGAGAUAUGUGAUAGAUUUAUUUUUAUAUCAGGUCAACUUCCAAAUGGACUUUACAGGAAGAGUAUUUGGGAUUUUACAUUUUUAUUUUUCUAUUUCUGCGUCUUUACUUUUUUACGUGCUGCAACAAUGGAAUUCGUUCUGAAACCAUUCUCAGUUUUUAUGAAAAUCCCUAAAAGUAAAAAGCUUCGAUUUGCAGAACAAAGCUGGUUAGUUAUUUAUUAUACAAUCAGUUUCACGAGUGGUCUUAUCUUGUUUUAUAAUUCACCUACAUGGAAUGACACUUCUUAUUUUUGGAGACAUUAUCCAGUUUGGGAACUUGAAAGGCAUUUGAAAUAUUAUUAUUUACUUCAAUUCGCUUUUUGGAUUCAACAACCUUUUGUUCUUCAAAUUGAAGCACCCCGAAAGGACUAUGUGGAAUACAUGAUACAUCAUAUUAAUACUUUAUUACUUGUUGGAUUAAGUUAUGCCUGUAACUUUACUCGAGUUGGAUUAGCUGUAUUUGUUAGUAUGGAUUUACCUGAUGUUUUACUUUGUCUUGCAAAGACAUUACAUUAUCUUCAAUAUGGGUUUAUUUGUGAUUUGACGUUUAUUUUAAUGGUCUUUUCUUGGAUGUAUACUCGUGUUUAUUAUUAUGGAUGUAUCAUUUGGUCAACUUUUACAGAACCUGAACUUUAUGUACCCGAAUUCAAAUUGGAUCCUUUGAAUGGGAAUUGGUUCCCUCAUUUCACUAAAUAUAUCAUUUUAGGCCUCAUGUUGGGAUUAUAUACUCUUAUCAUAUUUUGGACACUGAUGAUAUUUAAAGUGGUUAUUAAACUAUUUACAACAACUGGUAUUACGGAUGUACGUUCAGAUGAUGAAAUAACAGAAAUAGAAGAGGAUAGCAACUCUCCUUCAGCGACCACGACUCUCAAUGGUUAUUUAGCUCCACCUGACGCUAUUAAAGGAAAAAAGAGACGCCUUAGUCGAACAGAGCAAAUUAAAAACUAUGCUGCUCGAAGAUAGAUAGAUAGAAAUACAGAUUUAUAUACCACCAUGUUAAUAAAAUAAUUAUUAUUAAAUAAAAAAAAAAGUCAGUUUAUAUUAUUCUUU